AUGCACUCCAGCGCUAUCAUCCUCGGCCUCAUUGGCCUCGCCAGUGCCCAGACACUCAACAUCCCCUCCCGCGUGGGUAACAUUGUCUCUCUGCCUUCUCCCAGUGUGAUCAAGGGCAGUGUUGAUCUGGGCAACCGGGAGUACGACCGUGGUCGUGCCUGCAACAACGACGAUGAUACCGGCUCCGACAACGCCGUGUUCAUCCUGGAGAAUGGAGCUUCCCUGAGCAACGUGAUCAUUGGAAAGAACCAGCUCGAGGGCAUCCACUGCAAGGGAUCCUGCACUCUGACCAACGUCUGGUUCCGUGAUGUCUGCGAGGACGCCAUUUCCAUCCUCGGCACCGGAAAUGCCCUCAUCAAGGGUGGUGGUGCUCAAGAAGCUAAGGACAAGGUUGUGCAACACAACGGUGCCGGAACCGUCACCAUUGAUGGAUUCACUGUUGUGAACGCAGGCAAGCUUUACCGCUCGUGCGGCAACUGCAGCAACAACAAGAGCAAGAGCCCUCGCAAGGUUGUUGUCAAGAACGUCAAGGCCAAGAACGUGCCUACCCUGGUCGGAAUCAACUCCAACUACGGCGAUACGGCCGAGGUCAGCGGCACUUGUGGAUCCAGCGUCAAGCAUGUCUGCGAGGAGUUCCAGGGAGUGGACAAGUCCGAGAAGAAGGAGAGCCCGAAGCUGACCUCGACUGCUUCCUGCAAGGGACAGUCGUCUCUCUCUUCUUGCUAG